AUGUGUUACUGUUGAUAAUUAAGAGAAGGCUUAGGAGGAGCAGCUGGAGCCAGAGAGGUUGCCGUGACAAUGGAUUCGAUCACCCCGGCCCUUUCAGAAAUCAGAGGGAGGACCUCGGAUGCCAGGACUCUGUGGGUAACUUCCAGCAGCCUGGACAGAGAGAAAGACCAGAACAGCGCCAUCUUUUCUGGGUUUGCAGGAUUCCUUGCCAUCCUCCUGACCACUGUGAUUUUCUACAGCCUGUGGAACUGGAAUAAAUGGAAGAAGCACCGACAAGUUCCUCACUUCCGAGUUACCGUCAUGCCCUUACUCUCUCUGUCUCGACCCAGACAAGGAACCAAAAAUAUUUAUGACUCCUUGCCCCAGAGGCAAGAAGACCUGGGGAGACGUCAGUCGAGGAGUAACCGUAUUUUCAGCACCGAGAGCCUCCUCUCCAGAAAUUCUGAUAGACCUCCUUCGGAGCCUGUGCCCUCCCAAGCAGCCAAUGCCCUCUGGCUGCACAGUGACCAUAAUCCUGCCAACAGCUAUGCAGUGGGCAUCUAUUACAAUGCCACGGGGCUCCAGAUGUGUGGGGACCUCACUCCCUCAGCAAACUAUGUCAAUGUCAAAGCAGCCCGAGACUGCCUGAGCAUUUCUUCAGAGGAUUCGAGAGAUUACAUCAAUGUCCCCACAGCAGAGGAGAUUGCUGAGUCUCUAGCUUCUACCAAUAGCACCCCCGUGAACCUCUUUGCCCUCCCACAUGCCCAGGAGCUGGAGUUUACUGAGGAAAAAGACAAGGGCUGUGGGAAUGCCAGUGACCGCACCUGUUUUUGGUCUCCAAGAUCUGAGAGCGAUGAUCCACUCAGCGAUGAGGAUGGUUCUUCUGAGACCUCAAAUGACUACGUCAAUAUGGCAGGGUUGAAUCUGGAGACCCUCCAGGGGAAGCAGCCCCGGAUGGCUUUCCAGUGCUACAGAGAUUAUGAAAAUGUCCCAUCAGCACCUACCAUUGGAAACCAACAGCAGGUGGAGGAAGAAGUGACCUCCUCAAACACGGACCAUGUGGAAGGCUGGACGGAUGGUCCAGGUACCCACAUCCAAUCUGUCAUGCAGUCAGGGACAUUCCUGGCUCUAGGGGAACAUGUGACCUGUCAGCCAUCUGCACAGAGUGAGACUAGUCAGAUAAAACAUGGAGAAGAAAUGUCAAAUGACAUUUCUAGCGACUAUGAGAAUGUGCCAGCUGCCAAGUCAGGAGACAGGGACUCCAAGCAGGGGCCAGACACAUAGCUCCUUCCUGAUGAAUUGGGACCCAGGCAUCCAGAUGGAGAGCUCUGUGGAGUAGUCUAUUCUGCCGGAUCCAUGGCCACUAUAGGGUCUGAUGAAGACCACUGACCGUCCUUGUAUUUCAGUGGGUUCGUUCAAGUAGACUACAAAGAGGCUGAGAUACACAGAAGUCAAGGAACUCACAAAAGCCAACUUCUGAGAAAGCCAGAAAGGAAUUCUUCUCAAGCAUGGUGCUGUUCUCUCUCAUACCAACCUAAGAAUGUUUGCUGAAACUGCCUUAUAGGACGGUUGGUAGAUUAAAAAUUCGAUAGUUCUUUCGUGCACAGUGGAAACAUGGGGAGUCUAAAAUCAUUACCUUUGCGAAUACCAGCAGGAUGCAAAGCGAGAAUACAGAUUAGUUUGUAAUCCAGGCAGAGGCCAAAAAGAAGAAAGAAGUUGGAGUUGGGGUGGUGCAGCAGUUUCCAGUUGAAAAAGAGUGUGGACAACCAAAUGCUGGAGAAGAUGUGGGACAGCAGAACGGUCAUUCAUUGCAAAGCACAAUAUCCACUUUGGAAAAGUGUUUGGCAGUUUCUUAUGAACAUACAUUUACUAUACAGCCCAGCCAUUCCACUCCCGGGUGUUUAUCCAAGAGAAUUGAAAACUUGUGUUCAUACAAAAGCCCAUAUAUGCUAUUUAUAGCAGCUUUAUUCACAAUUGCCAAAACUAGAAAUAACCCAGAUGUCCUUCAACAGAUAAAUGGACAAACAAACUGUGGUAUGUCCAUGUAAUAAGGUUAUCUACACUCAGCAGUAAAAAGGAAUGAACUAUUGGUUCGUGCAACAACCUAGACAAAUCUUAAAAGCACUUUGCUAAGUGAUAGAAGCUAGACCUAAAAAUCUACAUAUUGUAUGAUUCCAUUUAUAUGACCUUCUGGAAAAGACAAAACUAUAGGGAUGGAAAACAGAUCAGUGGUUGCCAGGUUUAGGGAAAGGAAGUUUAUACAAAGGAAUUUUUAGGUUAAUGGGGCUCCUCUGUAUUGGUAUUGUGGUGGUGGAUACAGGACUCUGAAUUUGUCAAAACACAAAAAACUAUAUAGCACAACCAGUGACUUUUAUUGUAUGUAAAUUUUUUAAAUUAACCAUGCUGUCAGGGGAAGCCAGGAUGGAAUGCAGAUUAAGACAAAUAAACCUAACUAUAUUAUAGAUAUAUGAUAUAGCCUCACUGAAGGGGUGAGGGGAAAAGGAGCUGGCCUAAUUAACUUUAGAAAACAAUGUUUUCACUGAAGACUAUAAGAAAGACAAAAACUACAUAAACACUGUACUCUAGUUGGUAAAUUCGUAUCUCAGAGGAAUAUAGGUUAGCAAUUCUGAAAGUACUUUAAAUGUAGCUUGAACAAAUAAGUCAAUGUAGAUAAGGAGGGACAGGUUUCUCAUUAUCAGAAAGGCUACAAUGAAUUCUGUGGUGCUGGAUUAGAUUUGGAGGUAUAGUUUGAACUCUUGUUUAUUUAAAUAUAUAUAUGAGUAGA